AUGCCUAAAACCGCGUCUUCGUCUCUGUGUCCGCUGUCUGCAAAGGAGUCGCUGGUCCAGGACCAAAACUCCAACAGCAGUGCAGCUGAUGACCGUCCCUUUGUCCCGACGGUCACUGCUAUUGCCACAGCACCCAAUCUAAAGUGGAUGGUCCUGUCCACUGACAUUUCAUCAGUCGGUUCCUACAGUGGAGAAAAGACAAAGAAGACACAUUCAUCUCAAAAGAAGACACAUACAUCCCAGAAGAAGACACACACGCCUCAGAGCAAACAGCCAGGAACAGGCCCCGUGGCCCCUGGGAGCAAGAGGAAAGCAUCGAAAGAGCAGCUCUCACCAGAGGAAGAGGAGAGGAAGAGAGUUCGAAGAGAAAGAAACAAACUCACUGCUGCCAAAUGCAGAAACCGCCGCCGCCAACUCACUGACAGUCUACAGGCUGAGACAGACAGUCUGGAGGAAGAGAAAGCUGCUUUAGAAGCCGAGAUCAACAACCUGAUGAAGGAAAAAGAGCAACUUGGGCUGCUCCUCAUGUCCCAUAAACCCCACUGCAAGAUCCCAGCUGAGCUGGAGGAAAAGGAUGAGAAGAAAGAUGAAGAGGUUGCAAAUGAGAAGGAGGAGGAGGAGGAGGAGGAAGAGAACGUUAAAAAGGAAGCUUUAGAAGGUUCUUCUCCUAAGAAAUCAUCCACCAUCCCAGACACAUCACCUUCCUCCUCUGUGAAUCUAGAAAAGAUUCCCACCUCUCCUGUUCCCUUGGAGCCUAUCAUCUCUGGAGAUUCAGAUGUUUUGCUUUGCUCCAGUGCAGCGCUGGAGCCCUACAUCGACAUUAAGGAUGUGCCCAUGGAGGAACUGGGGCCUAAGCUGGAGUAUGAUGAUGACAUGGACCUGCUGGUACCUGACAUAGACCUGAGCUCUUCUCUGGGUCUGACAGAGUGGGAGACGCUCUACAUGACCAUGGGUGGAAAUCUGGAGCCCCUGAUGUUCGAUUUGGAAGAGCCUGACUUUGGAAAAGUAAAAUCUGGAACGGACAACUCGAUUCUGCUGACCUUAUGA